UGUUCGUAUCAGUAGACAAGCUGUACCGUGAGAGCCUCUGCCCUCUGCCAUUCUUUCGCGGGUUUCUCGGUGGUAAGAGUCGUCUGUCAGCAGGUGCAAGUGCGAAUCGCGUGACAAAGAUGUGGUCCUGGGUGCAGGAGGCAGCGAAAAUGAAUCCGUUCUCGUCGCCGUUCACGACGGCGAAGUGUCAGCCUCUGCAGGACGGCGCUCGGCCGCUCGUGCCGAACCGCAACAUCGCCGCUGCCGCCAUCCAGGAAGGUGAUAGCUGUGAAUUUGGAUCGAACCAUUAUUUCUUGCUAUGUGGUCUUGGUGGUAUCCUGUCCUGUGGUAUCACUCACACUGGCAUCACUCCCUUAGAUUUAGUCAAAUGUCGUAUCCAGGUGGACCCCCAAAAAUACAAAUCAGUCUUCAAUGGAUUCCGGGUGACUCACGCCGAAGAUGGUACUCGCGGAUUGGUAAGAGGCUGGGCACCCACCUUCUUUGGUUAUUCCAUCCAGGGAAUGUUUAAAUUUGGACUCUAUGAAGUCUUCAAAGUCUAUUACUCGGCGUUGGCUGGCGAGGAACUUUCUUACGAAUAUAGAACUAGUUUGUACUUGAUAUCGUCGGCUUCCGCGGAAUUCUUCGCAGACAUUGGUCUAGCGCCGUUCGAGGCUGCCAAGGUCAAAAUACAAACCACGCCGGGAUACGCCAGCACCCUACGAGAAGCCAUGCCAAAGAUGUACGCUGAAGAGGGUCUUAACAGUUUUUACAAGGGCCUGGUACCUUUGUGGCUCCGCCAGAUCCCAUACACGAUGAUGAAGUUCGCCUGUUUCGAGCGCACCGUCGAAGUUUUGUACAAGUAUGUGGUGCCUAAACCCAGGUCAGAGUGCUCCAAGGGCGAGCAACUGGUGGUCACCUUUGCGGCCGGAUAUAUCGCCGGUGUGUUCUGUGCCGUUGUGUCUCAUCCUGCCGACACGGUGGUGUCGAAAUUGAAUCAAGAAAAGGGAGCGAGCGCGUUUGACGUUCUGAAGAGACUCGGCCCCGCCGGUGUAUGGAAGGGUCUGGGACCGAGGAUCAUCAUGAUCGGUACGCUGACCGCGGCGCAAUGGUUCAUCUACGACGCCGUGAAGGUCUGGCUGCGCAUGCCGCGUCCGCCACCACCCGAGAUGCCCGAGUCCCUGAAGAAGAAGUACGGUGUGGCGUAAACACCGUAAAUAAAUGUUAUCGAUUCGAUUGUCGAUUAGAAAAAGAAACGUAUAAAGCAAUUUUUGACCUUCGCGCCGUACAUUGUUGAACAAUGUCCUAUCAUCUUUUUUUUUUCUUUUUUGAGUAUUUAUUCUGUGAGAAUUCACAUCAGCAUCAACAGGCGACACUGCCGCGGAAUUAGAGGAAACAAUUGUGACUUAUGAAUAGGAGAUAAUAGGAUGCUAAUUGCCGGCUCUAUAACUAUCAGACAUACAGUAAAUCUAACUCGUAACAGUGCCGGUUUACCCAGAGUAACCGUUCAGCUGUUACAUUGUACAUAGGGUGAUCACUUUAAAUAAACAAGUCGAUUGCUCGUUA